CUGCUGUAACCAGGCUCGGCCCUGGAAGAAACAUGGAGUAGACAUGAGGGGGUAACGGCGCCGGAACACUAAUGACUGGCGGGGGCGCGCAAUGCGGGCAGUAGGGGUAAUGAGGGUACAUGGGCAACACUGCACGCGGCAGGACGGUUCCCACUUGGCUCCCUGUCCUAAACUGGGUGAGCUGGGGUGGGACAACCAGCGCCCGUCGUGUCGCCCCACCGCCCCGCAUCCUCCCAUCUCCCCUGACUGCCAAGGGAGGCGCACCCCCCAUGUACCUCGGGUGUUCUGGUCCCCAGAUACGACCUUCAGAUCUUGGUCGAGGCUUCAGUGCAUGUGCCACCAAUAGACCCGGGAGGAAACAUAUCAGGGCGUAUUGAACGGCUUCGCAAUUGUUUGAUGGACUACUUACCUGCUGCUGGGGGGGUCGACUCGUUCCCUCACUGCGAUCGUGGUGGCGAUACACGGUUUGGAAGGGA